AUGGGUCUCGUCCUUGAACACGAUGCUCCUUCUGCUGAUAGGUGCUGGUACCGUCUGUUCAAAGUAGCUUCACAAUCCUUCCACAAUGGGAGCUUGUCGAAUUCCAGAUGUUCUUCCCACUUGAAUUGGGAGGAAGUUGUGAUUUGUCGAUUGGUUAUUGUUUCUCCAACUCGUGAAUUAGCGAUCCAGAUUUUCUCUGAAGCUCGAAAGUUUGUACUAGGUUCUUAUUUGAAAAUCAGCAGCACCUCAAAUAAAUAUGAAGGCGAAAACAUUGCCAAAGGGUGCCACAUCUUGAUAUGCUCUCCUGGUCGUUUAUUAGACUUUGUUGAAAAGGGUUCUACUACUUUUGAAGAGACCCCUUACGUUGUGCUGGAUGAAGUCUAUCGUAUGAUAGAUAUGGGUUUUAAAGACAAUGUUAAUACCCUUAUGAAUCAUCCGACAAUGCGCUCCAUGGAAGAACGUCAGAAUUUAAUGUUUUCUGCAACAUUCCCCGAGGAAAUACAACGUUUAGCUGGUGCUUAUUUAUCAAACUAUAUAUUUAUCACCAUUGGUGUGGCAAACACGCACCACUGUUCCGAUGUUACACAAGAUUUUUUUGAAGUUAGAAAGUUUCAAAAACGGGCCAAACUAAUGGAAUUACUGAGUGAAAGCAGCGAUGGAACCAUUGCUUUUGUUGAGACAAAGCGCGGUGCAGAUUUUCUAGCAUCUUUACACUCGGAAACUGAGUUUCCUACGACUUCUAUUCAUGGCGACAGAUUGCAGCGCCAACGAGAAAUGGCUUUAGCUGACUUUAAGUCAGGUAAAAUGAAAGUUCUAAUAGCUACUUCAGUCGCCGCUCGUGGCCUCGAUAUAAAAAAUGUUAAACAUGUCAUCAACUACGAUCUUCCGAAUUCUGUAAAAAAAUAUGUCCCUGCUCGGGCGCUAUGA